AUGCUAUUUGCAACUUUAGAACAUAUCCUAACUCAUAUCUCUUUCUCAACGAUUUCAAUUAUGAGUACGAUUCAUUUUAUAACCUUAUUAGUUCAUGAACUUGGAGGAUUACGUGAUUCAUCAAAAAAAGGAAUGAUAGUUACUUUUUUCUCUAUAAUAGGAUUCUUAGUUUCUCGUUGGGCUUCCUCGGGACAUUUUCCAUUAAGUAAUUUGUAUGAGUCAUUGAUCUUCCUUUCAUGGGCCCUGUAUAUUCUUCAUACCAUUCCUAAAAUACAUAACUCUAAAAAUGAUUUAAGCACAAUAACUACGCCAAGUACUAUUUUAACGCAAUGCUUUGCCACAUCGGGCCUUUUAACUGAAAUGCAUCAAUCUACGGUACUAGUACCUGCUCUACAAUCUCAGUGGUUAAUGAUGCAUGUCAGUAUGAUGUUAUUAAGCUAUGCAACUCUUUUGUGCAGGUCCUUAUUAUCUGCCGUUAUUCUAAUCAUUAGAUUUCGAAAUAAUUUCCAUUUAUUUUCUAAAAAGAAAAAAUGUUUUAAAUAA